UCAAGGAAGAGAAAGGGAGAGAGAGAGAGAGUGAGAGACGAUGGCGGCCGUGAGCAGUAUGAGCAAAAUGUAUGGACUGUGUUUCCACGCUGUCCGUCAGACGGCAGGACUGAAGGCGUCCAGGCUGCUCCAGCGCAGAUCCUUCAGAGUCACCGCCGUCCAGCAGCAGCAGCCCUUCGACUCGUCGCUGGAGAAGCCACAGUUCCCCGGAGCCUCGGCCGAGUUCGUCGAUAAUCUGGAAUUCAUCCAGCCGAAUGUGAUCUCCGGGAUCCCCAUAUACCGGGUGAUGGACAGGCAGGGCAACAUCAUCAACCCCUCCCAGGACCCGCAGCUCUCGAAGGAGACGGUUUUGAACUUUUACCAGAAGAUGACGAUGUUGAACACAAUGGACCGUAUUCUGUAUGAAUCUCAAAGACAGGGGAGAAUCUCUUUCUACAUGACCAACUAUGGUGAGGAGGGGACGCACGUCGGGAGCGCCGCCGCUCUGGAUCCGACCGAUCUGGUCUUCGGUCAAUACAGAGAAGCUGGAGUGCUGAUGUACCGCGGCUUCCCUCUGGAUCUGUUCAUGGCUCAGUGUUACGCCAACGCCGACGACCUCGGGAAGGGCCGGCAGAUGCCGGUGCACUACGGCUCCAGAGACCUGAACUUCGUCACCAUCUCGUCUCCUCUGGCCACACAGAUCCCUCAAGCUGCCGGAGCUGCGUACGCCGUCAAGAGGGAGAACGCCAACCGUGCCGUCAUCUGCUACUUCGGAGAGGGGGCGGCCAGCGAAGGCGACGCGCACGCCGGCUUCAACUUCUCGGCCACGCUCGAGUGCCCGCUCAUCUUCUUCUGUCGCAACAACGGCUACGCCAUCUCGACCCCGACCAACGAGCAGUACAGAGGAGACGGCAUCGCCGCUCGCGGUCCAGGCUACGGCAUGCUGUCCAUCCGCGUCGACGGAAACGACGUGUUCGCAGUGUACAACGCCACCAAGGAAGCCCGGCGCAGAGCUGUGGCCGAAAACCAGCCCUUCCUCAUCGAGGCGAUGACCUACAGGAUCGGCCAUCACAGCACGAGCGACGACAGCUCGGCCUACCGCUCGGUGGACGAGGUGAACUACUGGGACAAGCAGGACCACCCCAUCUCCCGGCUGAGGCACUACAUGACGGCCCGCGGCUGGUGGAGCGAGGACGACGAGCGGACCUGGCGGAAGCAGUCCCGCAAGACGGUGAUGGAGGCCUUCGAGAAGGCCGAGCGGCGCCUGAAGCCCAACCCCGAACUGAUGUUCACCGACGUGUACGAGGAGAUGACGCCCAACCUGAACAAGCAGCGCGAAGCCCUGUGGAGGCACGUGCAGCAGUACAAGGAGCACUACCCACUUGACCUGUACGACAAGUAAAUCCACCGCCGUCGACGAGCCAGAGGAUGGAGACGAACACACACUUGCACACCUUUUGUUCUGUGGUCGUAGAGUAGUUUUGAUAUCUUACUCCUUUGCAGACAAUAGAAGAGAUGUGUGACACAUACUUCCUGAACACUUCACGCCUCUGGAUUUGGUGCCUUAAGUUUAAACACAUACUGUCUGUUAUAAGAAGCCGAGUGGCUGAAAGCUAAAACCACUUUCACUUUGAUUCCAGGAUCUUUUUUAACCAUUUGUCUUUUUUAAAGUACAGAAAAACAACUGGUGUGAUCCGAGUCCGUUAUGCAAAACUAGCAAUAAUAGUUUUUGGGGUUUUUUUUCCUUGGUUGUUGUUUCUUUCUCCUGCAGUUAUCCUUUUCACCGAUGACGGUAUUGAUCAGGUUUUCUCGUGUUUGGUUGUGUCCUGUUUUUCUGUUAGUGUACACACCCAGGUUUUACAUGGGUUGGUACGCGUUGAGCUGUUACACAUCGCGGCGCUGUACUCCCACCUCGCUCCAUACGUUUGGUGGUUUUCUUUUUUUGUGGAAAAUAAACUCUAAAGCGUU